UGCCUGUGGUAUCAACACCAUAUAUAAAACUUUUUAAUCUCAGAAUUGCGGCCAUGGCAUGUGUGAACCGGCCAAGGAUUACAGGAACGUUCAGAGAGUAUGCAUCGUGAAGUAAUAAUCGGAAAUACAUUGUUGAAUUAGGAAAGAAUUACGUAUCGGUUCUCUGGUAAGAAAGAUGAUUAACAUCACAUGACAUUUGUGUUCCACCUGGUCAUACUAGUUUAGCUAAAAUUAGUUGCUAACCUGGCUGGCUAUAUUGUUUAAAUUGACAUUAUAUUUAGCCGGCGGUCAUUUGUUAUUCCUGCACAGUGCAACCUGUAAAAUGCGUUUGGAUUAGGUUGUUGUUAAUCAGCAUGCGUUACUCGACAUCUGUUCGAUAACCCACAUUAUUAGCAGUAACGGUGUACCGUUAGCUAGUGUAAUCCCGUCUCAGUCUUCUCAAAAUACUAAUAUUAUUUUCCUACAUGUAUUGACUUACAUAUUUGGUCUGAGCACUGCUAUGAGUCCUAGAUAUAUCUGAAAGAACUAGAAAGUCUUGAUUGUACGGGCAUCCGACUUUGGACUGUUAGGGUGAAAUCACAGUCUAGACUGCAGGGGCAGAAAGGUAGACUAGGUACUUCUAAAACACAAGCUAGAAUGUGGACAAGAUGACUGAAAGGAUGUGUGUUUGGUCGAUAAAAUAAGCCAAUAAUGUUCAUUCCCAGACACGCAUUUCAUCAACCUACUUCCACUCGCGGAAAAAACAAAGAAAACUGAACUGAGCAGAAGAAUAAUAUCGCAGACUGGAGAACAGCUAAUGGAUUUAAGGGUCGACCGGACAAAAAGGUAUUCUAACUCUUGACCGCAUCGAAGCGUCCAAAUUCUUGGUGCGGUUCUUGAAAAGAUGUCUCGCCUCGCCAAGAAGCAGCCGUCUGUCUGCACGAGCGACCCUCUGAAAGACGAGGAGGUGCGCCGCAAGCUGGCCGUGCUGCGGCAGAUCCUGGCGUCCUGCUUCGGUCCGCGCGGCCGGCUCAAGCAGGUCCACAACAACGUGGGCGGCCCGGUCCUGACGACGUCCACCUCGGCGGUUCUCCUGAAGGCGCUGACCCCGUCGCACCCCGUCCUCAGGCUCCUGACCGCCUCCGUCCUCAAUCACGCCGCCCGCUUCGGCGACUGCGGCCUGUUCGCCGGCAUCCUCUGCUCGGCCCUGGUGGAGCGCGCCGCGGCGCUCGGCGUGGAGGCGGCCACGGCGGCCGGCGCGUACCGCCGGCUCCUGGGCCUGUGCGCCGGCUACCUGCAGCGGGACGACUGCGGCUGCAAGGUGCCGGUGGACUUCGGCAGCAGCCGCUGCCUGCUGGCCCUGGCGCGGGGCGCGGUGGCGGCCAAGCCGGCGUGCGCGCUGACCCCCGGGGAGGCCCGGCACGUCGGCGCCCAGGUGGUGAGGGCCUUCCUCCACACGGUCCCCUGCGCCGCCCCGGGCCCCGUGCGCCUGGGCAGGGCGGCGACGGUCGCCGUGGAGGGCCGGCCCGCGGGGGAGACGGCGGUGCACCCCGGGCUGCUGGUGGACGCGCCCGAGACGCUGCGCCCAGCCGACGCCGAGCGGCUGGGCCGGGGGCCGCUCAGGCUGGCGCUCUUCAACGCGUCGCUGGCGGGAGACCUCCUGGAGGCGGGGGAGGGGACGUUCGAGCUGGACUGGGAGGUCAGCCUGGAGGAAGUCGUCCUGGGACAGCUGAUGAGGCUGGGCGAGCAGGUGGUGCGGGACGGGGUGCAGGUGUUUGUGUGCCAGCGGGUGGUGCACCCCGUGCUGCAGCAGUACUUGAGGAAGCACGGAGUCAUCGUUGUGGAAAGGCUGGGGAUCGCCCUUCUGGAACCACUCAUCCAAGUGUCGGGGGCGCAGGCGGUGGCCUCCUUCCAGACCCCCGUCCCGGUCCAGUCCUACGGGCAGCUGGGGGGGCUCCGGGUCCUGCGCUGCGGGUCCAGGGAGCUGCUCCACCUGCUGCCUGUCGGGGACCCCCCCUGCUGCACCCUGCUGCUCUGCCACCGGACGGAGACGGCCCUCAGCGAGCUCAAGGUGGCGUGUCAGACUGCAGAGCGCGUCCUGAGGCAGACUCUGACGGAGCCGUGGGCCCUGCUGGGGGGAGGGUGCACGGAAACGCACCUGAGCGCGUAUGUCGGAUUCCAGAGCCGCGGCGACGCGUCCGACGCGGCGGCGGAGCUGGGCUGCUCGCGCGCGCACUACCUGCUGGCGGCCGACGCCUUCCGCCGGGCGCUGCUGGCCGCGGCGCGGGCGCUGGAGCACGACGGCGGGGAGCGGCUGAUGGACCUGUCCCACGCGCACUGCUGGGACGUGCCGCCGGGCGCCGACCCCCGGGCCCCGUGGCGGGACGCGGUGGGGCGCUGCGGGUGCGGCCUCACGCCCCCCCGGGGGGACCUGGAGUGGAGCCCCCUCGGCACGGACCACCCGCCCUUCUCGCCGGCGCCCCCCGCAGGCACGGACGCCGACCCGCUGGUGCUGGACUCUUUCGCCGCCAAGUACAAUGCCCUGCACGUUGCCGUGGAGACGGCUAACCUCAUCCUGGACAUAAAAUAUAUCGUCCAGGAUGUUAAUUGAUUUGGGCUUUGUGUUCCUGUUUGAUUUCGAGGCUUUUGCUGAUUCAUAUAGAUGAAUUUACCUUGGGGAAUGGAGUGCAUCUGCAUAACUACCUGAAAUCUGAAUAAGGUACAGAAGUUCACCAUCAUGGAUGUAGUUUUAAGAUUUAAACACUAGAUGGCAGCACUGACUGGUUUUUUUUGUUUUUACUGGUCGGCGAUCUGCUGUUACUUAAGUGUUCUUGAACUAGUUCUACUAUUACAGUUGUACAGUUACUACUGUAGGUGACAGUACUGAAAAGUCCUUUGUUUUACUAUUUAAUCAUUUAAAUUUUCUAUAGUGAUUGCAUUACAGGUUGGGAGGAAAGAAAAUGAGUUUUAAAAAAGCAUUCGGUUCAACCGUCCUUCAUAUUGUAUAAGGUAUUUUAUUGUGUUUGCUCAAAUAAAAUAGUGUUGCACUCUU